GGGUGCGGAUCGAUCACAAGCUUUUGUCUUCACUGUCACUCGAGCCGAACAUUCCGUGCAGUUUCAAGAUGCCGCAAUUGAGGAAGCGCACACGCGUUGGUGGACAAGAGAGCGACUCAAGUGUGCCCAACAACAAUGACAAGCGCAAGGAAGAGCUCUUUGGCAUUGCAAGUGAGGAUGUGAUCAUGGAAGAGAUCACAGAGGGGCUCCCUCAGCCAAUCACGCCCAAUCAGGAAAGGGGAUGCGUUGUUGCAUACCGUGUGGCCUUCUCAAAUGCCCAACGCAUGGGGUACAAGAGGGGCAUGCAAGCGAAGGCUGAUCGUCUGCAGGCAAGGGAGGACGAGGUGAGCGCCAGGGAGAAAGCCGUUGCUGCCAAGGAGCGCCAGAACAAAGUGCGCAAUGCGGUCCUUACAAAGAGGGAAGAAGACUUAAAGAAAGUCCGCCUUCAAGCGCUUGCAGAUGCAAAGACUCCUCAAGAAGUUGCCGCGGUCUUGGACAGGCUCGGGCUUUAA